AUACGGGGAGGGUUAGGUGGGGUAACAGUGACCGAGUAAAAGCAACGCGUGAGUGAAGGAAAAAAGUCUUGUUUGUUGUUCAAAAUAAAAAACAAACAAUAAUUAUUGACACAAUUGGUUUGGUUUGGUUUGGUUGGGUCUUCUCUUCUAGUCAAUGCUGCUCUCUAUCGUGGAGUUGGAGUUGGAGUUGUAUUCAUAUAUAUAUAUUCAUUCAUUCAUACCACCGUUUUGGCACCUCAUAAUAAUAUCUUUUGACUUCUCUUCCUUCCUUCCUUCCCCCUAACAAUAAUACAGAAAAGGAAACAAACAAAGAACAUGUCUUCUACUACUACUACUAGUUUGAUUUUCCUCAUCAUCAUUUUCCAAUGUUUUCUCCCAUCCAUCUCAACAAACUCGGAAGGAGAAGCGCUUCAUGCUUUGAGAACCAGACUUUCUGAUCCCAACAACGUUCUACAGAGCUGGGACCCAACUCUUGUUAACUCCUGCACUUGGUUCCAUGUUACCUGUGACUCUGACAAUCACGUUAUUCGCUUAGACUUGGGCAAUUCUAACAUCUCUGGAUCUUUGGGCCCCGAACUGGCCCAAUUAACUCACCUCCAAUACCUGGAGCUAUAUAACAAUAACAUAGAUGGCAACAUUCCUGAGGAAUUUGGCAACUUAAAGAACCUUAUUAGUAUGGAUUUGUAUAAUAACAACUUUCAUGGCAAUAUCCCAAACUCCUUUGCUAACUUGAAGGCAAUUAAAUUCCUACGCCUAAACAACAACAAGCUUACUGGAUCCAUCCCAAGAGAACUCACUCGUCUUCAAAAUCUCAAAAUCUUUGAUGUUUCCAAUAAUCACCUCUGUGGAACAAUACCAGUAGAUGGCAACUUUGGAUCUUUCCCACCUCAAAGUUAUGAAAACAACAGACUCAACGGCCCGGAACUAAAAGGACUGGUUCCUUAUGAUUUUGGAUGCUAAGAAAGAUACAAGAAUUCGACAGGUCUCCUCAAAUUGCUAUGAAGAAGAGGCUUUCUUUACUUGGGCAGUCAGCAGCUACAUAGAGAUGUAUGCUUGCUACAAUAUGAAUCUAAGUAGGACAACCAACCAUGUGUGUCUUAAUAUAUGUAAUAGUAAAUAAGAUUAGCACCUGUUUCUGGUUGCAAGCUGCAUAGCAAGACUAGGAUCAUGUUAAUUGUUAAGUAAACGUGUCUCGUGGUAAUUAUUUUUAUUUUUAUAUACUCACAUAAAGUAAAAAGUCUUUAAUAUUUUGUUCUUGAUUGA